CAUAUGCCUCCCAAGAAUGAAAGAAGCACAGAAAUUUAGGCAGAAGCUGAAACUUCAUUGCUCAAUCAAAAGAAGGGGAAAAGCCAAGGAGAUAAGCAAGCAGUACAGAUUUCUAGCUAUCGGAAAAGGAAAGCUUUGCUUCUUCCCAACAAAGGCUGGUUAUGGAAAAGAUUAAUGUUUCUUCCUCACCCCGUCAAAGGUUAGCAGGGAAGGUGGCAAUUAUAACUGGUGGAGCAAGUGGAAUAGGAGCAAGUACAGUAAAGCUUUUCCAUGGGAAUGGUGCCAAAGUAGUGAUUGCAGAUAUCCAAGAUGAACUAGGCCAAGCUAUAGCUGAAAAUCUUGGAGAAGACGUUUUCUACAUGCAUUGUGAUGUAAGAAACGAAGAUGAAAUCAGCAAUGUUGUUGACACCACCGUUUCAAAAUAUGGAAAGCUAGAUAUCAUGUACAACAACGCAGGAGUCAUAGAUCGCUAUCUUGGAAGCAUUUUGGACAGUACAAAAUCAGAGCUAGAUCGUUUACUAAGCGUGAAUGUAGUUGGUGCUUUUCUUGGAGCAAAACAUGCAGCUAGAGUCAUGGUGAAACAAGGCAAAGGCUGCAUACUUUUCACUUCAAGUGCUUGUACAGCAAUUGGGGGCAUUUCAACUCACCCUUAUGCAGUAACUAAGUAUGGAAUCGUGGGGCUAAGCAAGAACUUAGCAGCUGAAUUAGGGCAGCAUGGAAUAAGAGUGAAUUGUGUUUCACCUUCAGGAGUGGUGACUCCUAUUGCUGGAGUAACACUAAGUGAAGCUGAAAUAGCUAGCGCAGAAGCAGCGAUAAGUGCAGUGGGUAAUCUUAAAGGGCAGGUUCUUAGGCCAGAAGAUGUGGCAAAGGCUGCAUUAUACUUGGCUAGUGAUGAAGCUAAUUAUGUGAGUGGGCUUAAUCUUGUGGUUGAUGGGGGGUAUAGCGUUGUGAAUCCUACUGUGAUGAGGAAUUUCAACCCUACCCAGCAAUCCCUACUUUAAGUACCAAGUUUCCAUUGCAAGCUUUCACAUUACUAGAAUUAGUGUGGCUAUGGGCUUUGGGGGGGCGGAAUUUUCAUUUUUAUUAAUUGGCUUCUGAAUUUGUAUGCUCACAACUUAAGGCUCCCCAAACACCUUAUUACAUGACGGCAUUAUAUUAGGAUUUGUUGAUUGACUUGAGUGAUGAUCUAUUUAAAUAUUUUCUCUUAAUUUCGAUUUUA